CGCUCCGCGGCGAUGCGGCGCCGGCUGGGCAGCGGGGGGCUCGGCUCCGGGCGCUGAUCCCCGGCGCGGCCAUGCUGCAGGGACACAGAGGCUGCGGCUCCGCCUGACACCGCCCCCAGCUCCCCGGCGGCGGCUUCCGACGCAGCCCGGCUGGAUGGAGGCUCCAGGUGGGGCGGGGACCCCAGAACGGGUGAGAGAAGCUCAAACGCUGGAGCGAGCUGCAGGCAUCCCGGCACAUGGGCCGGUGGAGGAGCCUCCCAGCCCCCCUGCCGAGGAGCAAGGUGGGAUCCCCAUCCCCAGCUCGGGCCUGCUGCAGGUGGCCGAACGGAGACAGCCUCUGAGCAGCGUGUCCUCCCUGGAGGUGCACUUCGACGCGCUGGAUCUGAUCGAGCUGCCGGAAGUGUGGGACCAGGAGCACGCCGAGGUCUUCGCUGACUCCGACGACGAGAACGUAGCCAGUGAAUCCCCUGCCGGUCUGCACCCGCACCCCAUUCCUCGGGCAGGGGACCUGCCAUCCCCCUCCUGGACAACGACCAAAGGCAAGCAGGGGCGGGAGAAGAAACACCUCAGUGACUCCGAGCUGCAAGCUCCUGGCGGGGGAGAGGCCUCAGGAGGAAUAGGGGGCUGGGAGCCAUGGUGCCCCUCACCCCCCAUUCCAGACAGUUUGUGACUUAACAGACCCCUGCACCUAGAGAGACAUGCAAGUGCUGCUGGCUCCACGUAACACAACGCUCCCCCCCUUAGUGCAGCCACAGGAUGUGGAGCAGCUGUGCGAGGGCACUAGCCAUGCUGGGCCAGGAACUCCAGGAGGGAGAGCGAUCAUCAUCACACCGUCUUAGCACUUUUGUAACCCUUUCCUGCUCAUUCUGCACAAAACCUGGCCAGGCCAGCAGUAGGGAGAGCCGUGAAGGG